AUGGAGAUGAUGUCACAGUGCCAAUUGGAGUGAAUGAAUCGCCUCCCCCCUACACCCCUAUAGCACAGGGUGGCAUUCCUAUGAUCAACUGCAGGGUGUGCGAGGCGACCAUUAACUUGGAAGGAAGACAGCAUCUGCAUGUCGUCCGCUGCACCGUGUGCACAGAAGCUACGCCGAUCCGGCAAGCCCCUGCAGGCAGGAGGUAUGUCAGGUGUCCGUGUAAUCUGCUGUUGGUCUGCCGUGCUGGAGCGCCCCGCAUUCUCUGCCCGCGAGAAACCUGUAAGAGAAUUAUAACACUCACCGAUGGUCCUGGUUUUGCUCACUUUCCGUUGACAUACAAGUGUGUCUAUUGUGAAGAGAACUUUGUGGUGAGGACAGUUUCACCUUUUGCCAGAUGUCCCAGUUGUAGAAGAUUGUCAGCUCUUGGAGUCAACCACGUUCGACGGAGAGGCUACUUUUAUGUGGUUCUUGCUGUCGUUUUCUUGGCAGGUUCCAUAGGAGUCACGGUGGGGACAUACGAAUCAGCUCGCCACAACGGAGGAAUAUAUGUAGCUUGGAUAGGUGGUUUUGUUUUGGGGAUUGUUUUCUUGAUUCGAGCGGUGUGCUCCUUCAUGAUUCGGACCAGCCAUUCAAUUGCUGGGCCUUGACAAGACGGGCAAGAAGUUACCCAAAAGAACUUUUUCUCACAGGAAAUCAUGCGGUGUAGAUCCGUAUGCACCAUCUGGAGCACUUUUGCCCCUGAUGCCUUUUUUAAGUACCUUUUCUAUUAUUUUUGUCAUUUUUGGGUCCUAGUUCUUGUUUGUUUAUAAUGUUCAUUUCAAUGGAUAUGUUCAGGUAUGGUAAAUUGUAGACAGCUGUGCAGAUGAUUUACCUGGUCAAGUGAUAUUCCCUCAUCUUAAAAAAA